CAAACAACAACUCGCUCCUCCUCCUCCCCCCCAACCUCUCCAUCUCAUUCCUCACUAUUGACCCGUGUUCCCUUCGCCUGGUUCCAUCUAUUUUUCGAAAUCUGGUCACACUCCCUUCAUCGUCGGGUGGCAUUGGGCUCCCUGCCAGCUCCUUUCCCUAAACGUUACACCCCCGUUGCCAUCGGAGCAAUGCCUUCUUUUCCGUCACAGCCCCUGGUCAGGCCCAGGGAUGAUGGUCUGCAGCUAAGCUACCAGCUGCCGCACCGCGUUCACACAGCUCGAGCCUAUCCGAUCCUCGCCCCGAAUGGUUCCUCGAUCAUUGUCUAUGGCUACGAGACUGGCUUAAAAGUGGUGUGGCGAGGAGGACGGCCGUUCGCGGCGGAGAAGCCUGCCGCUGCUAAGGUCGACAAACCGCAGAAAGCUCCGAUCGCCAACGAUGACGCGGUCAUGAUCAUUGACUCCGACGAUGAGAGCAUAGCAGAAACUCACCAGACACUGCAAGAGGAAGAUGAGUCGAACGCCCACUUUGACGAGGAAGAGCCCGAGGUGGACCCCGCCUUCCCGUUCGAGCAUGUCCUGCGCCAGGUCGAUAUACCCCUUGGAAGCAGAGUCCUGGAGCUGUCUGUACCGCGCGUUCUUCCCGAGAACGCGCGCUCCGUACUCGAUCCCUUCCCCCCAGCUUUGAAGCAGGUCAUCAUCGUCUCCGCGGUGUGCGCAGACUACUCCACGCGCAUUGUGACUCUUCCCUUGCUUCCUCCCCAUCCGACGCAGAGUGACUUGAAGAUCCACACAGUCUCGAUCAGUGGCGGAAUUGAGCAGAAGGGUAAGGAACGGUCUCGAAACCAGAACACACCCCGCUCCACGACAGGAAGAUGGGACCUUCUUGUCGCGACGCAUUCGGCUGAGUCCUCGGGACUGCUCAUUAUCCAUCGGAUCCCGAUCCUGGAGGAGGAAAAUGCCAGCGGACCUGCCUACCAUCUGUGCGACGACGAAAUCGAGACUAAGCGACGAUACCUGCCAACGCCUGCCGUGAACAUAUCUUUUAACCCGGCAGGCUACCCUUCCACGCGACACCCCAGACUGCUCGUCGCGUUCCAUAGUGGGUGUGUCAAGGUAUACUCCUGCUUUUCCAUGAAGCUCUCCAAAGCCUCACGAAGGACGUCUGGGCCUCAGAGUGACUUUGAGACAUCGGAUACGGAGGGAAAGUGGUUGAUCAGUCUUUAUCCCGGCUUUGAGCAGUCCCCCUCGGGGCUCUCACGGCGGAAGACCAUCAUCAAUGCAGAGUGGGUACUUGGAGGGCGUGCCGUCAUGGUUCUCAUGUCUGACGGCGAAUGGGGCGUCUGGGAUAUCGAAGGGGCAGGCCCUGGGACCAUUAAAGGCCCGCUUGAGCGUCAAGCCAGCAUCCAGGGUGUUACCGGUGGCGCCAUCACGGCCUUUUCCGUCAGCGGACGGAUCUUGAGCCCUUUGCCUGCCAGUCGUUCGGAGACAGGCGGCCCUGCGUUUGAACAACGACCCAAGUUUGCGCCUUUGACGCCUUCCACUAAACGGCUACGCGAAGAUACGUUGCUGAAGGGUGCCACUACUGGAGCAGCCAGCCCUUCGUCAUUGUGCGGAAGCAUCUCUGCCUACCAGACCAACUCCUGGAAGGACCCGCUGCCCGAUGAGUCAAUUCUGCUGCAGCACGGUAACCAGACCGCAGUUAUCACCAGUCUACUGUCCUUGUGGCGCAACGCUGUCAAGGCCAGCGGCACAUUCGACUCCUCCAAUCGCUGUCGGGUCUCGGCCAUCCAGGACAUCGCGUUGAUGGGAGAACGCCUGAGAGGCAUCGGCCACCUUCCUGCCGCCUCGCGCCAGACCCGCGGACGAGAAUUCGAUAUACUGCUCACAGCCGAACACCGGGUGAUGAUCCUCGCCCCGAGGUUGACUGAACCCGAGGCCUUGCCUGCUGCACGCGCACCGGGCAGGGAGAUGCCCACCAUCGAGACGGAUCAGCAGAUGCUUCGGAAGGGCGAGCUUGACGUGGAUGGAAUGGACCGGCUACUGAGCGGCAUGGCAGGCGCCAAACGCUCCCUCCAUAUGGGAAGUCCGAUCAAGCGGACCCGAAUCUUCACCUAG